UCCCACUUUCAACUCCCCAGCUCAAAGCUCAAAUCUAAAAGCCCCUCACUUCUCUCUCUCAUCCUUUACUCUCCCUCAAAGCUCAGCCCUGCUGUGCUCUGCUCAACUCAGCUCAACCAAUGGCGCCGUCAUCACCACCGCCGCCGCCUCCCUCGCUGCUGGUUGUUCUCCUCUUACUCUCCUCCACCGCAUUGCUUUGUGAAUCAAGGUUAAGCUUAGAUUACUACUCCAAAACCUGUCCAAGUUUCAGCAAAAUCAUGCAAGAAACCAUUACCAACAAGCAGAUCACCAGUCCCACAACAGCCGCAGGAACCCUCCGGCUUAUGUUCCACGACUGUCUCCCGAAUGGAUGUGACGGUUCUGUUCUCAUCUCCUCCACUGCAUUCAACAAGGCUGAACGUGACGCCGACAUCAACCUGUCUCUUCCUGGAGAUGCCUUCGACCUCAUUGUACGUGCCAAGACUGCCCUGGAACUCUCCUGUCCUAACACCGUCUCUUGUGCUGACAUCCUCUCUGUCGCCGCCCGUGACCUUGUUACUAUGCUUGGUGGUCCGUACUAUGACGUUUAUCUGGGACGGAAAGAUUCAAAAUUUUCUCAAGCUUCUUCAAUAGAAGGGAACCUGCCUAAGCCCAACAUGGAUAUGUCACAAAUUAUCAAUCUUUUUGCAGCAAGAGGGUUCACUAUUCAAGAAAUGGUGGCCUUAAGUGGGGCACACACAAUCGGGUUUUCUCAUUGCAAGGAGUUUAGCUCAAACAUUGGCAAUGAUACCCAUUACAAUCCAAGGUUUGCUCAAGCAUUGAAGCAAGCUUGUUCAGAUUAUCCGCAGAACCCAACUUUAUCUGUUUUUAAUGAUAUCAUGACUCCCAACAAGUUUGAUAACUUGUAUUUUCAGAACUUACCAAAGGGUUUGGGGAUUUUGGAAUCAGAUCAUGGGUUGUAUAAUGAUCCUAGAACAAAGCCGUUUGUGGAAUUGUAUGCAAAGGAUCAAAACAACUUCUUUCAAGAUUUUGCUAGAGCUAUGCAGAAGCUUAGUGUUUAUGGGAUCAAGACUGGGAGGAAAGGAGAGAUUAGGCGCAGGUGUGAUGCUGUUAACUGAGUUUUUGAGCUGAUAUUAUUGUCUGAGGUUUUUUUCGUUUUACUGAAUUCUUUCUGGGGUUUUGAAGAUCUUUUGAAAAUACUUAUGUAUACUUGCCUUUGUUUGUACCAAUUAUCACAUCAGGCUUAAAUUUAUACAUAUUUAUCAAAUCUGUGUUCUGGGUUUUAAAGUUCCAAUGCUUUUUUCUUCUUCU